AUGAGUGAUGGGUAAAGCUCAUGGAGUAGGGUUGUCACAGCUGACUGCCUUUAACCUAUUUCACUGAUUCACUCUGACUUGUUCUGUAAAUGAGAGAGGGAGUGUGAGAGACUAUUAUGAGGGAUUGGGCUUUCCUCUCCUCUCUCAUUCCAACCUUCACCCGCUUGUUCAUUGCCAUAUUCUUACUGUCUCUGUGCGUGUAUGUGUGCGUGUGUGUGCGUGUGUGUGUGUGUGUGUGUGUAGGGAGCAGAGUCGGCGUGAGCGGCGUAAGCUCAGCAGUAAGGACAGCAGCCGGUCGGAGAGGUCUGUGAUCAUCAACACCCCCUACGGGCCCACUCAAGCCUCCCCCAACCACAACAGCGAGCCCCUGCUAGAAGUCCCUACCUCCGUGGCUGGAGACGAGGCUCCAAGCCUCCAGGUAAGCUCCAACCCAACAAAUCAAAACUCACGCAAACCAUGGCUAAGUGAUUCGAAAAGCCCUGCACAGCUAUACUGUACAAUACAGCACCUGCUGCACAGCUAUACUGUACAAUACAGCACCUGCUGCACAGCUAUACUGUACAAUACAGCACCUUGUGCACAGCUAUACUGUACAAUACAGCACCUUGUGCACAGCUAUACUGUACAAUACAGCACCUGCUGCACAGCUACACUGUACAAUACAGCACCUUAUGCACAGCUAUACUGUACAAUACAGCACCUGCUGCACAGCUAUACUGUACAAUACAGCACCUUAUGCACAGCUAUACUGUACAAUACAGUACCUGCUGCACAGCUACACUGUACAAUACAGCACCUGCUGCACAGCUAUACUGUACAAUACAGCACCUGCUGCACAGCUAUACUGUACAAUACAGUACCUGCUGCACAGCUAUACUGUACAAUACAGCACCUGCUGCACAGCUAUACUGUACAAUACAGUACCUGCUGCACAGCUAUACUGUACAAUACAGCACCUGCUUACAGGAACCCUAUACAAAAGCCAUCUCCCAACCAAUUUCAUUCUCGCAGAGUCAAGCAGAACCCCCACAGGGAACCAGCUGAGUCCUACACCAUGCUUUUCUAAACUCAAACAGCUGGGCACAUCAUAAUCACCAUAGUGACAGGGUCAUAAUCACCAUGGUGACUAGGGGCCAAAUAGGUCAAAGGAUUUGCAAAUCUCCCCUUGGCCUGUGUGAACUAUACUUCCCAUUCUUUGUUACUGCAUGUGUAUGUGUGUUUCUGUGUUGUGUUGUGUGUGUGUGUGUGUGUGUAGUAAUGUGGUUCAAUGUGUAGUCGUGCUGUGUGUGGGUCAGAAUGUGUCUUGAUUUAUAUCCAAGUGGUGAUUUUAAAUCCACAUAUGGUUAUCUCUGGAAGCAAGCCUAUGGUUUAGAUGCUCUGACAAUGAGGUUGUGAUUUAGCUUUGGGCUAUUGAAGCUAGGGUCAGACGGCUAGAGACUGGCUAUAGAGGGAGAUGGAUCAGGUGAGCGAGACUGCUGCAGAGAGAGAAGGAGAGAGAUGGAUAAAGUGAGAGAAAGAGGGAGAUGGUGAUAGUUGUGUUAGGAGGCGUAUACUCUGCCUCUUGCCCUGGGCAACAUUCACAGACUCUCUGACCUACAUGGCUUUCUACGUGGAAGGUCCUACAUUAAAUAUACAGUACCAGUCAACAUUCUGGACACACCUACUCAUUCAAGGGUUUUUCUUUAUUUUUACUAUUUUUACAUUGUAGAGUAACAGUGAAGACAUCAAAACGAUGAAAUAACACAUAUCAUGUCGUAACCAAAAAAGUGUUAAACAAUUCAAAAUAUAUUUUAUAUUUGAGAUUCUUCAAAUAGCCACCCUUUACCUUGAUGACAGCUUUGCACACUCUUGGCAUUCACUCAACCAGCUUCACCUGGAAUGCUUUUCCAACAGUCUUGAUGGAGUUCCCACAUAUGCUGAGCACUUGUUGGCUGCUUUGCCUUCACUCUGCCGUCCGACUCAUCCCAAACCAUCUCAAUUGGGUUGAGGUCGGGGGAUUGUGGAGGCCAGGUCAUCUGAUGCAGCACUCCAUCACUCUCCUUCUUUGUAAAAUAGCCCUUAAACAGCCUGGAGGUGUGUUGGGUCAUUGUCCUUUUGAAUAACAAAUGAUAGUCCCACUAAGCCCAAACCAGAUGGGAUGGCGUAUCGCUGCAGAAUGCUGUGGGAGCCAUGCUGGUUAAGUGUGCCUUGAAUUCUAAAUAAAUCACAGACAGUGUCACCAGCAAAGCACCCCCACACCAUAACACCUCCUCCUCCAUGCUUUACGGUGGGAACUACACAUGCGGAGAUCAUCCGUUCACCCACACCGCGUCUCACAAAGACACGGCGGUUGGAACCAAAAAUCUCAAAUUUAGACUCCAGACCAAAGGACACAUUUCCACCAGUCUAAUGUCCAUUGCUCGUGUUUCUUGGCCCAAGCAGGUCUCUUCUUCUUAUUGGUGUCCUUUAGUAGUGAUUUCUUUGCAGUAAUUCGACCAUGAAGGCCUGGUUCACACAGUCUCCUCUGAACAGUUGAUGUUGAGAUGUGUCUGUUACUUGAACUCUGUGAAGCAUUUAUUUGGGCUGCAAUUUCUGAGGCUGGUAACUCUAAUGAACUUAUCCUCUGCAGCAGAGGUAACUCUGGUCUUCCAUUCCUGUGGCGGUCAAUAUGAGAGCCAGUUUCAUCAUAGCGCUUGAUGGUUUUUGCGACUACACUUGAAGAAACGUUAAAAGUUCUUGAAAUGUUCCGUAUUGACUGUCCUUCAUGUCAUAAAGUAAUGAUGAACUGUCGUUUCUCUUAGCUUAUUUUUGCAGUUCUUGCCAUAAUAUGGACUUGGUCUUUUACCAAAUAGGGCUAUCUUCUGUAUACCCCACUACCUUGUCACAACGAAACUGAUUGGCUCAAACGCAUUAAGAAGGAAAAAAUUAACUUUUAAGAAGGCACACCUGUUAAUUUAAAUGCAUUCCAGGUGACUACCUCAUGAAGCUGGUUGAGAGAAUGUCAGGAGUGUGCAAAGCUGUCAUCAAGGCAAAGGGUGGCUAUUUGAAGAAUCUCAAAUAUAAAACAGUGUCUGUCUGUCCGUCUGUCUGUCUGUCUGGCUGGCUGGCUGUCUCAUUCCAUGUCUCUAUGUGUAUAGGGAUGUUUGACUCAGCCUAGCGUGCUGCUAACAUUCCACAUUGUGGUGUCAUUGUAAGCUUGUCGCUUACAGACCCAUUGUCUGCAGUGUUGUUCAGCCACUGUCUACCAACUAGUGUAAAAUGUCAUCUGUAAUCAUAUCACAUUACCAUUACAGUGCUGUGCUUCCAAAUGGCACCCACCCAUCCCUGCCACUGCUUUAAGAGCAUUGCUCUUUCAAAUGGCUACGGCUAAUGCUGAUAUGCUCUGGCGCAGAGGAAUUCACAUAGGCUGAGAUUAGCCUUAGCAUGCAGCCAAACGCCACUCUGAGGAAAGCUGAUAUGGAUAAUCCUUAGCAUUUGCAUGCUUGCCUAUGAUGUAAGGGUGUAUGUGUGUGUGUGUGUGCUUGCGUGGGUGUGUGUGUGCGUGUCUGUGAGUACUGUCAGUGUCUCAUAGAGAUUCAUAGAGAGUUUGCCAACAGUGGAUGUCAGACGGGUGAGAAGAAUGUCAUAAGGCAAUGUUCUGCGUCAUGGCACUGUUGUGUUGUGCCUGAAGGCCUGCUACUGUACUUCACUGGCAGUGUGUCACAUGAUGCAGGGCUGAGGCUUUUGGAAAUAGUGGAAGCAAAUAGAAUUGGGAAUGUCUUUGCUCUUUUGUCCUUUUGUCCUUUUGUCCUCGCAAACACACACACAUACAUACAGUACAAAUGUCAGACAAACCUCUAGCCAUACCAUUGAGAUUCCUUUGUGUGCCACUGAAUGUCAUUGCUCAUUUGUCCAGUAUAUCCAUGUGACACACACACACACACACACGUCAGAAGAACCUCCAGUCAUACCAGUAAAGCUCUUUUGUGUGUUGGGUUAGUAGGUUACUGUAUGUGUCUGUGAGCGAAGCAAAGCCUGUUAGUCAGUCAGUGUUAGUGUGUGUUGUUGUGUUUUAGUGCCAUAUUAUAGUGUAACAGGCCUAACCAGGGCUCUGAACAUAAUCUAUAUUCACCCUCCACCAGAGGAGAGGGCUGCCAAGCAAGCACCAAACACCACCCAUCUCUCUUUCUCUCUAACCUUCUCUCUCUCCCUUUCUCUUUCUCUCUCCCUCUCUCUUUCUCUCUCCCUCUCUCUUUCUCUCUCUCCCUCUUUCUUUCUUUCUCUCUCUCUUUCUCUCCCUCUCUCUCUCCUGUAAUUGUCUCCCUCAUUCUUGCUUUCCUUCUCUGUUUCUCUAACUCUGUCUAUCCCGUGUCUGUCUCACUUAUUCUGUGUCUCUGUCCUUCUCUGCCCCCUUCUCUCCCUCUCUGCCUGUCUGUCUGUAUAACAGGGGAUGCUCUGAUUAGUAUUGAGAUAAUCUGUGGGAUUAAGCCGCUGAGAGUCAGUCAGUGUAAAUGAAGAGCUUUUAGCCUGCAUUUGCUCUACCAUUGCUACACAGGCUCAUUAGUUGUAUUUACCAUGCUUUAAGAGAUGUUAGAUAAUAUAUAGGCUGUGUUCACUGAUCUUUAACAUGGAGAUGAGAAGAGUGAGAGCACAUUAAGAUGAUGUAUGUAACAAUGGGAGAGAUCAGACAGGGGCCAGAAUUAUAUAAUGAUCUAAUAGGUUAUAGGUGUGAUUAACACUCUGAGUGCCAGAAUUCCAUAACUACUAGAAUGGCCAUGAUGGUCAUUCUGACCACUGAUAUUUCAAUUGUAUAAAUAUUCCAUAAUAAAUAAUUAAUUGCUAAAUGAAUGCAUGUAUUAUGUUAAAAUAUGUAUAUAAGAUACCUCAGGACACCAAAUGCAAAUUAGAAAAUGUAUUGAUUGAUCCAGAAGCACAUAGACUGUAAAUACUAAAAUAAGAUUAUAGUGUAUUCUCUGACUGUAAGACAACAGUUGCCCGCCCAGCUUGUCCGUCCAAACAACACCUAAACUAUAUUGAAACUAAUUUCACACAUCAUAAUAAUAAUAAUAAUAAUAAUAGAUGUGGCCUAAAACAAAAUUGAAUUAACCACAGACCACGUGUAACCACGUCAGCCCAGAACCUCCACAUCUGGCUUCUUCACCUGCGGGAUCGUCUGAGACCAGCCACCUGGACAGCUGAAGAAUUUCUGCACAAACUGUCAGAAACCGUCUCAGGGAAGCUCAUCUGUGUGCUUGUCUUGACCUGACUGCAGUUCGGUGUCGUAACCAACUUCAGUGGGCAAAUGCUCACCUUCGAUGGCCACUGGCACACUGGAGAACUGUGUUCUUCACGGAUUAAUCCCGGUUUCAACUGUACUGGGCAGAUUGCAGAUGGCGUUUUGUGGGCGAGCAGUUUGCUGAUGUCAACAGAGUGCCUCAUGGUGGGGAUAUGGUAUGGGCAGGCAUAAGCUACAGGCAACAAACACAAUUGCAUUUUAUCAAUGGCAAUUUGAAUGCACAGAGAUACCGUGAUGAGAUCCUGAAGCCCAUUGUCGUGCCAUUCAUCCGCCGCCAACACCUCAUGUUUCAGCAUGAUAAUGCACGGCCCCAUGUCACAAGGAUCUGUACACAAUUCCUGGAAGCUGAAAAUGUCCCAGUUCUUCCAUGGCCUGCAUACUUACCAGACAUGUCACCCUUUGAGCAUGUUUGGGAUGCUCUGGAUCGACAUGUACAACAGCGUGUUCCAGUUCCUGCCAAUAUCCAGCAACUUCGCACAGCCAUUGAAGAGGGGUGGGACAACAUUCCACAGGCCACAAUCAACAGCCUGAUCAACUUUAUGCGAAGGAGAUGUGUUGCGAUACAUUUACAUUUGAGUAAUUUAGCAGACUCUCUUAUCCAGAGCGAUUUACAGUAGUGACUGCAUACAUUUUAAUUUGUACUGGUCCCCCGUGGGAAUCGAACCCACAACCCUGGUGUUGCAAGUGCCAUGCUCUACCAACUGAGCCACGUGGGACCAUCAUACAUUAGGCAAAUGGUGGUCACACCAGAUACUGACUGGUUUUCUGAUCCACGCCCCUACUUUUUUUUUAAAGGUAUCUGUGACCGACCGAUGCAUAUCUGUAUUCCCAGUCAUGUGAAAUCCAUAGAUUAUGGCCUAAUGAAUUUAUUUAAAUUGACUGAUUUCCUUAUAUGAACUGUAACUCAGUAAAAUCUUGUUGCAUGUUGUUUAUAUUUUUGUUCAGUGUAUAAUCUCAAAACAGUGUACCCUAUAUCAGUCCACCAAAUCCAAGCAGUUGUAUUAGUCUACUCUAGGCCUACUUGGAGUAGGCUACACAGUGAGAGCGUGUGUAAUUUACAAUGGCAAGACCAAGACGAAUGGAUGCACAAGCUGCGUUAGCUUUGCUACAAGAUGAAAACGACUCAGAUGGUGGGGAAGAGUAGAUCGUGACAUCUCUGAUGAUUAUUAUUCUGAUUCAUGCUGAAUGGCUUUCUAUAUCUGGGAAAGGAUCCAUAUCAGGCAGCAGGUGAGCAAGUGUCAGAUAAUGUUUUGGAUCAGAUGGCACGGCUGUACUAGGUGAAAGGAUGAACUCACCACUGGCCUGUUGCUGUGUUCUACAUAGCCACAACAUGCAUGACUUGGCUGCUAUCAACGCACACGCGUUGUUCAAGCAGUGCAUGAACAACACCCAUGAGCAGGAGGGAAUAGAAUAGAAUAAAACUUUAUUGUCCAUCCAGGAUGGACAUUUUUCUUUGGCAUCACCUUACAUCAAAAGGAUCACAUACACAUACAUUCUCACAUCAUACGCAUUUGUCACGGAUUCUGCCGAGGCUGCUCCUCCUCCUUGCUCGGGCAGGCUUUGGCGUUCGUCGUCCCCGGAGUACUAGCUACUGCCGAUCGAUGUUUCGGUGUUUGUCUUGUUUUGUCUGGAGUAGUACACCUGUUGUCCAUUAUGUUUGAUUGUUUAGCCUAUAAUUUCCCUUGUCUCACGUUUGCUAUUUGUGUGUUAUUGUUGUAUGUCUAAGUCGAUGUUCGGCCUUGCUAUUUUUCCAUAUUACGUAUAUGGUGUUUUUCCCUCCAGUUGUGGGCGUUUGUUUUGCACUUUACAUUGAGUAAAGUAGUCUACCUGAAUCUCUGUGUCCUGCGUCUGACUUCACUCGCCACGUACACAUCACCUUCUGACAGAAUAACACACCUUCAUGGAGUCAGCAGGAUCAGCGGUACCGACGGGGUCAUUGGAGGAGCGCGUAAGCAGCCAAGACGCCAUGAUCCAGAGACUCGGCACCGCCAUGCAGGAUGUAAUGGACACUUUGAGCCGAUGGGAAAGAGGAGGUUUGCCCACACCUCCUCCAACAAUACCACCACCAUCGGCCAGACCCAUCGUUCCAUCUCCGGAGUCCAGUGGGAUUCGGCUCUCGCUCCCGAGGGCUUAUGAUGGCACCGCGGCCGGGUGUCAGGGUUUCUGCUCCAAGUAGAACUCUACCUGGCAACCAUUCACCCGGCCCCCUCGGGAUACGAGAGCGUUUCCGCCCUCAUCUCCUGUCUGUCCGGCAAGGCAUUGGAGUGGGCCAAUGCCGAAUGGAGGGGAAUAGACGCCGCCACCGUCAGUUAUGCGGAGUUCUCCCGCCGCUUCAGGGCGGUUUUCGAUCAUCCCCCAGAGGGGAAAGCGGCGGGGGAGCGUCUGUUCCACCUCAGACAGGGGAAGAGGAGCGCGCAGGAAUUCGCACUGGAUUUCCGGACUCUGGCGGCCAAUGCGGGAUGGAAUGAGAGGGCCCUCAUCGACCACUAUAGGUGCAGCCUACGGGAGGACGUUCGCCGAGAGUUGGCCUGCAGGGACACCAACUUAAGCUUCGAUCAGUUGGUGGACAUGUCGAUCCGUCUGGAUACCCUGCUGGCUACCCGCGGACGUCCGGAGCUGGGGCCGUCCAUUCCAUCCCCCAGCACCUCCGAGCCGAGCCCUAUGGAGCUCGGAGGUGCUGGUGCUAGAGAGAGGAGGAGAGAGACCCGGAGAGAGGCCGUCCCCUGCACCAACUGUGGCCGUAGAGGACACACUGCGGUUCGGUGCUGGGGAGGGUCUCCUAGGGAUCGAGGCAGCAGGUCACGCACUGAUGAGUCAAUCCAGGUGAGUACGCGCCCAACUCACCCAGAGCUCUCUGUUGUCCACUUGUGUAUCCAAGUUGUGUUUCCCCAGGUUUCUUCUCACUCCCAGCAUAAGGCGCUAGUCGAUUCAGGCGCAGCUGGGAAUUUUAUUGAUCGUAGUUUCUGUUAUAGGUUAGGGAUUCCCCUCAUACCAGUUGAUGUGCCCUUCCCUAUCCAUGCCCUAGACAGCCGCCCUUUGGGGUCGGGAUUGAUUAGGGAGGUCACGGCGCCACUUAAGAUGAAGACGCAGGGGGGUCAUGAGGAAAUUAUACAAUUGUAUUUGAUCGACUCUCCUGCGUUUCCCGUGGUGUUGGGGCUUCCUUGGUUAACUACUCAUGACCCCAACAUUUCGUGGCAACAGAGGGCUCUCAGGGAGUGGUCUGAUCAGUGUGUCGGGCGGUGUAUAGGUGUUUCCUUAGGGGCGACAACGGUGGAAAGUCCGAACCAAAUGCCCGCACUGCACAUUCCUCCUGAGUAUAAUGAUUUGGCACUCGUCUUCAGUAAGAAGAGGGCGACUCAAUUACCACCUCAUAGACAGGGGGAUUGUGCGAUAGACCUCCAGGCAGGCGCUGCACUUCCGCGUAGUCAUGUGUAUCCUCUGUCUCAAGAGGAGACGGCGGCUAUGGAGACAUACAUCGCCGAAUCUCUGGGACAGGGAUACAUACGGCCCUCCACUUCUCCUGCGUCCUCGAGUUUCUUUUUUGUGAAGAAGAAAGAUGGAGGUUUGCGCCCGUGUAUUGAUUACCGUAGUCUCAAUCAGAUUACCAUUAAAUACAGUUAUCCUCUCCCUCUGAUUGCUCAACUGUGCCUGUGGUCAACCAAUUACUUUGCUGGCUGUGUUUACUAUUCUGGUCAGUUUGCUUUUGCUCCCCACCCUCAGAUUACCAUACCAGACUGUCAUAUUGAACGUGAGGAUGCUCUCCACCCUCAGACUACCAUACCAGACUGUCAUAUUGAACGUGAGGAUGCUCUCCACCCUCAGACUACCAUACCAGAAUGUCAUAUUGAACGUGAGGAUGCUCUCCACCAAGCUGCUGUACACCCUCUCCAGAACAUCCUGGCUGACCCCAAACCCCUUCAAUUUCCUGAUUAAAAACAGGCGCUGGCUUGCUUUAAAAAUAAUACAGUCUGCAUUUUCUGUAAAACUCAGCAUGUUAUCAAUUUGUGUCCCUAAGUAUUUGAAACACUCAACAACCUCCACUUGUUGGUCAUUCAGAGAGUGUGGUUGGGACAUUGGCAAGUUGUUGCCAUUGAUGAUCAGCUCUUUAAAAAAAAAAAUUCACAUUGAUGUGGAGGGUACUUGACCGGCAUCAUUCUUGAAGGUUGUUGGUCUGUUUAAAAUGACGUAGCAUUCUUAAAAAAGAGUCCCACCAGAACCAUGUCAUCCUCAUACUUGAAAGGGCUCACAUUGUUUCUUUGGAUCUUCAUCUCAUUAGUGUAGAUAGAGAGCAACAACGGUGAAAGGACACACCCCUGUGUUCAGGGUCAGUUCAUCAGAGAGGGCCCCAUUCAUGAGGACCCUCUAUGUGCCUUCAUCAUAAGUCUGUCACAUGGGCUACAUGAGAGAGGGCCAAGACUCCCGAGUGGUGCAGCGGUCUAAGGCACUGCAUCUCAGUGCUUGAGGCGUCACUACAGACCACCUGGUUCGAUUCCAGGCUGUAUCACAACCGGCCGUGAUUGGGAGUCCCAUAGGGCGGCGCACAAUUGGCCCAGCGUCGUCCGGGUUUGGCCGGUGUAGGCCAUCAUUGUAAAUAAGAAUUUGUUCUUAACUGACUUGCCUAGUAAUAUAAAGGUCAAAUAAAAAGGCAGUAGCAAAGAUUCCACGCGAGCCAUUGCGCAAGCCAAAUUGCGCACAGCUCCCAGGGAGGAAAAACUGCAAGGUGGGCAGAUGCACUCGGAACAGAACCAGACACCUGUUUCAGCUGCAAGCGACUUGUUUGUGGGAAGUGUUGCAAUCAAGUGAAGGUGAUGAAGAUUUGUGAUGACUGUUAGGACAAGGGAUAACAGCUAAAUGAAAUCCAACUGUUGUGUGAAGACUCACACCAUACUGUAAACACGAGUGAGGCCACAAAUAAUGUGUCCAAUAACUGACAAUAAUAGACUAUUUUAGACGGCUCUCAUACAGUAUCAACACUUAUUUUCAUUAUAAUGCAGUUUGGGUAUUUUUAUUUGUUUUGUUGUUUAUAAAAAAUAAGAUUUUACUGUGUUUCAAUGCACAUUAUUUUUGUUUCAUAGUUAUAACAAAGUCACUCCACCAAUAAAAUAGAUUUUACACUUGAAAUUCCGUUUUUGGUGCUUUUUCGUUUUUACAAAUAGCCUACACAGUAACAUGAACUAAUGAAAAUGUUAUGUUCUUUCAAAUAUUUACAUUUUGGUAUUCUAAUGUUACCUAACACCUUCAUAAACACAACCAAAUGACAUUGGCACGAAGGGGGGUCCAAUGAGGCCUGGCUUUUCUAGUUAAAUUGAUUUAUUUUUAGACUGGUGGCUAUUGGUACUCCUCAAGGCCCGGCUAUUCUACUGUUAAAUAUGCAUACGGUUAAAUGAGGAUAAAAUGCUAAAAGUUUUUGUCUUUUAUGAUAUUUGUCUGAAAGUACUGCUACAGUUUAAAAUGCACAUAUUUAGGAAAAGUCGGGGACAGGUAGGGUCAAGGUGUUUAUUGAAAUUGGUCAGAUUGACCAUCUUGGCAGUUCUAGUGUUAAGAUUAUUUUAAAACAGCUGCCCCUUCUGUGACAUCACUCUCUCAAAUAGGGGUCACCAGGUUUAUGUUUGUCUCCACUCUGUCGCUCUCUCCAUCGUUCUCCCCUUCUCUCUCUCUAACAUUUUGUCUCUUUCUCACCCCCUCUCUCGUUCACAUUUUAGUCAUUUAGCAGACGCUCUUAUCCAGAGCGACUUACAGUUAGUGAGUGCUUACAUUUUUUUUUCUUUCAUACUGGCCCCCUGUGGGAAUCAAACCCACAACCCUGCCGUUGCAAGCGCCAUGCUCUACCAACUGAGCUACACGGGACUACACCCCCUCACUCAUCUCCUGUUUGGCAAAGUUGAAUUAAAGGAAGGGGGAUGAUGGUGUGUAGGCCAGAACAGUGAACCACAGAGGGUUAUUAAGCGGCCUUUACUCAGCAAUCACAAUGAGGAUUUCUCCCACCCACCCUCCCUUCCUCUUUCUGUCCUGGUCUCUAGCAGUGUAAUUUCCUAAUGGCACGUCAGGUGGUGUGUCCAUCUGGCAGAGGGAUGAAGUUUUAGGGGUGUCGUGUGGGUAAGUGUUUGUGAUCUGACAGAAGAAGGGGGCUAAAGUAUAACAAUUUACUUCUCAUAGAUUGGAAUACAAAGACACACACACACACUGUUCCCAGCUCCUUACCAGAGAGCGAGCGAGAAAUAAUAAAUAGCUGAAUAACUGACAGUAAGAGAAAUGCUCUCUUCAGCAGACAGGUCUUUAAUCAGUCUCUCGCUGUGCUCCUUCCUCCUCAGGCACAUUUAUGUUAAUCUCCAUCCUGAGCAGGGAAAGGAGAUUUGACUCUAAUUUGCAAUGAUAGACCUGCAUAACAUCAGCCUUAUUGUGAUUCAGAUGCCUGUGUGUGUGUGUGUGUGUGUUUGUAUGUGUGUGUGCGCAUCUGUGUCAUCCCUACCUGGUCAUGAUGAGCAGUCUGACUGUGUAAGGUCAUACUCUAUGUGGAUCAGUGGGGAGCUGAAAGCCUGUCACAAUAACACAGAACCCCAGGAAAACCAAAGGCCUCUUUAAAUAGGAUUUCAUGGGAUUUAGUCAGUGUAUCUCCAGUCUGUCUGUCUUUGUGUGUAGCAGAGACAGAGAAUGGAAUAAAACCAGCAUUUAUGUGUAUCUAUCUACCAGUGUGGAUUUGUCACUUUGGUUUGUCUCUCACAUCCCUUCCCUCCACAAAGAGUGUUUCUGUCAUUAUCAAACGUCUGUUUUCACUCUCUUCCUCUCUCUCUCCCUUCCUCAGCCUCUCUUCUCUGGAUGUGUCUGUGCUAUCAGUCAGAGGCGAUCAACCAUAUGCUAAGUUUUAAUCUUUUUGAUCUCUUCUCUCUCCUUCUCUCUCUCCUUCUCUCUCUCCUUCUCUAUCUCCUUCUCUCUGUCCUUUCCCUCUCUUUAUCUCCCUCCCCUCUCUCUGUUAGGAUGAUAACUGGGGGGAAACCACCACGGCGGUGACUGGCACCUCAGAGCUCAGCCUAUCCCAGGAGGAGGUGGUUGGUCUGGGGAAGGGGUCGGAGGACGGCCUGAGGCAGGGCUGUCGGCGCUACGCUCCCCUAGCUCUGGGCCUCUGUGUGGGGCUACUGGUCCUGGCCACCCCCCUGGCCUUCCUGGUCCUCCCGGCGGUGCUGUGGCCGGCCAGGCUGCAGGCCUGUGGCUCAGCCUGCGAGGGCCUCUUCCUCUCUGUGUCCUGUAAACUCCUCAUCCUCCUGCUAGCUGUGUGGGCUAUCUUCCUGCGCCAGGCCCAUGCUAGCCUGCCCAGGGUGUGCGUGUACCGAGCGCUCCUGGCCAUACUCACACUGCUGCUCACACUCUCCUACUGGCUGUUCUACGGGGUCCGCAUCCUCGACUCACAGGUGUGUAUGUUUCAUAAUCAUGUGUGCGUACGUGUGUCUGUCUAUCCGUAUAUGUACGUGUGUGUGCAUGCAACUUGCAAGCACGUGUGUGUGUGUGUGUUAACCCUGUGUUUCCAGGAUGAGGACUACCAGGGUAUCGUCCAGUUUGCUGUGUCUCUGGUGGACUCUCUGCUGUUUGUCCACUACCUGGCCAUCGUACUGCUGGAGCUCAGACAGCUCCAGUCCUGCUACAGCCUGUGUGUUAUACGCUCCACUGACGGAGAGACACGCUACUACAACCUGGGACAGCUCAGGUAAUACACAUACACAUAGAAACACACUCACAGACACACAGACACACACUGAAAACUGACUGAAAUAUGAUGUAGAGAAAUUCAAUCAUUUCAUAAGCAUCUUAACAUAUUAUAAAAAGCGAAUCCAUGCUGCUAUAAUCUCUUGAUAAAAUGGUGCAGCUGACUGUAGCAAAGUCAUGGUUCUCCCAGCAUUAUGAACUCACUCUGUAUACAACAGUGGAACCUCAGGGAUCUGGCUGGUGUACUUAUUGUGGCCCUGAUGAACUGAGUAACCCUGUUGUGUCCACUAUUGCCACUUAGCAGAAGCCAGUCAGCUGAUCAAUCAGCUAGCAGAAACAUUUACAGAUAAUCAGACUAUUAGAGAAUGUCUUUAGAAUGCCCCCACCCAUACACACCCAUACACACACUGUUGAACUGUGGGUAAUUGGAGACUCAUGUCCAGGGGGAAGCGUGGCAGUAAUUUAGUUACUAAAUCACCUUUCGCUCUGGGGGGCUGUUCUGGGAAUUGGGAAAGGGGGUGCUUUGAUUGAUUAUGAUGAAUUCUCCCUCUAGUAACUGAUCUAAGGUCAGUUUUGUGUUUUUCCCUCUAACGGUUAAGGUUUGGAUUUGUGGAAGACAAACUGAUCCUAGAUCUGUGCCUUAGGACAACUUAUACCCAGAGCUGUGCUGGGUGAUUCCUCACGAAACUAGAACAAAACAACAUCAUGAUUUUUGGGAUUUUCACAAAAUGUAAUCCAUAGAAGGAUCCUUUGGAGGAAGGAUUUGUAUUUUAUUUUUGUAUUUUAUUAUUAUUAUUUGUUCAAUCAAUAGGCAGAAUAAACAGCAGUGGUCAAAUGACAAAUGCUUUGUCAGCGCAACCCAAAAUAAAACCCACUCCAUGGAUUGUUGACAUAUAUUUGAAUUGAGACAAUUCAUUGAAGUUGAAAUAUUUAUGACAUUUAGGCCUUACCCAGGCCUUUAAGACUCCAUAAUGUUUAAUCUGGUAGGUGCUACAAAUCAAUAGUUGGUGUCAUAUGGCUUGUACUUUAUGAGUAGUAUUUUUAUUUCAACCAAAAAAAAAAAUGAAUAUCGAAAAAUGUAAACAUGAAUAUUGAAAAUAUACCAUAUAUUUUUGAACAUAAUAUACUCUACUGACAUAUCAAAGUUCCAGAGUGGGAUUUCUGCUAGUUUUAAAAAUUAUGGCCAUUUUAUACAGAUACAGUGGGGGAAAAAAGUAUUUAGUCAGCCACCAAUUGUGCAAGUUCUCCCACUUAAAAAGAUGAGAGAGGCCUGUAAUUUUCAUCAUAGGUACACGUCAACUAUGACAGACAAAAUGAGGAAAAAAAAUCCAGAAUAUCACAUUGUAGGAUUUUUUAUGAAUUUAUUUGCAAAUUAUGGUGGAAAAUAUGUAUUUGGUCACCUACAAACAAGCAAUAUUUCUGGCUCUCACAGACCUGUAACUUCCUCUUUAAGAGGCUCCUCUGUCCUCCACUCGUUACCUGUAUUAAUGGCACCUGUUUGAACUUGUUAUCAGUAUAAAAGACACCUGUCCACAACCUCAAACAGUCACACUCCAAGCUCCACUAUGGCCAAGACCAAAGAGCUGUCAAAGGACACCAGAAACAAAAUUGUAGACCUGCACCAGGCUGGGAAGACUGAAUCUGCAAUAGGUAAGCAGCUUGGUUUGAAGAAAUCAACUGUGGGAGCAAUUAUUAGGAAAUGGAAGACAUACAAGACCACUGAUAAUCUCCCUCGAUCUGGGGCUCCACGCAAGAUCUCACCCCGUGGGGUCAAAAUGAUCACAAGAACGGUGAGCAAAAAUCCCAGAACCACACGGGGGGACCUAGUGAAUGACCUGCAGAGAGCUGGGACCAAAGUAACAAAGCCUACCAUCAGUAACACACUACGCCGCCAGGGACUGGCAGUGCCAGACGUGUCCCCCUGCUUAAGCCAGUACAUGUCCAGGCCCGUCUGAAGUUUGCUAGAGUGCAUUUGGAUGAUCCAGAAGAGGAUUGGGAGAAUGUCAUAUGGUCAGAUGAAACCAAAAUAGAACUUUUUGGUAAAAACUCAACUCGUCGUGUUUGAAGGACAAAGAAUGCUGAGUUGCAUCCAAAGAACACCAUACCUACUGUGAAGCAUGGGGGUGGAAACAUCAUGCUUUGGGGCUGUUUUUCUGCAAAGGGACCAGGACGACUGAUCCGUGUAAAGGAAACAAUGAAUGGGGCCAGUAGUCUGGUCUGGGGGAGUAGUGUAGAUAUGAAGCAUGCUGCUCAGCUAUUUAACAUGUGAAUCAAAUCAGCAAAGGCAGUAAUGGACUACCUGCUUCUUUUCUGACCUCUGCCCUCCUCUUAUGCCUUUAUUGCCUUUUUUCUCUCCCUCCCCCUCGCUCUCCCUCCCCUCUCUUUCUCUCGCUCCCUCCCAUCUCUUCGCCCCCUAUCUCUCUCCCUCCCCCCUCUCUUUCCCUCCCCUCUCUUUCUCUCUCUCCCACCCUCUCUCUCCUCUCUCUCUCUCCCUCUCUCUCUCUCUCUCUCUCUCUCUCUCUCUCUCUCUCUCUCUCUCUCUCUCUCUCUCUCUCUCUCUCUCUCUCUCUGUGUCAGUAUUCAGAGGGCAGCUUUGUCUCUGCUGGAGUUCUACUACAGGGACUUCCCUCUCCAUAACCCUGCUCUUCUUUCCGCCUCCAAGCACCGUGCCGCCAAGCACCUGGCCGGCCUCAAGGUCUACACCGUGGACGGUUAGUACACCUACGGUUUCUCUAUGGUUCCUCAAUGUUUACAUUUGGUUUGUGUCACUGUGUCGUCCGACUUCCUAUCAUCUCUCUUUUCCUCUUUGUAACUGCAUCUUAAUGUAAAACACUGUAUGUCUUUCAUUCGUUCUCUUUGUCACUCUGUCUCUCCAUUCUCUCAGCUCUCUGUCUACUGUAUUUGUUGCUUCGUUGUGAUGCUCUCUCUUCAUCUACUCUCCCAUGCCACCCUAAGCAGCGUUUAAAGCUAAACUGAGAGCUUACCUUUUGGACAAUGACAGUAAGUAAAGAUUGGUAAAGAUCUCUUAUGUGGGCCCUCUCACAUUUCACUAGUGUACACUACUAACCUCACUCCUCACUUCCCUUCCCCCACCCCCCAAUGUUUGCACUGCUUCUAUGCAUGCACACACAGAUACACACCAAUCUAACCACCACUUUCAUUCACCAGAUAUGCUUUACACACACACACACACACACGCACAGGCACCAACUUCCCCUGGAGGACUUGGGCCUUCCCAGCUCAGUGCGAGACAGCUUUUAUGGUUCUUCUCUAUGUUCUUUGUAGCAGAGUUUGAUAGAGGAGUAUGCUGGUACAUUGUCCUCACAGAACCCUCCCUCCCCUCGUGUAAGUAUGGGGUGGGUGAGGGGAUGGGGGAGGCAGUGCAUUUGCAUUUCAGCCUUUUAAUAAUUAAUCACAGUAGCUCCUUCUGCACAUUCCCAUGCUAUCUCUCGGUCUUUCUCUGUCUCUCUCGGUCUUUCUCUGUCUCUCUCGGUCUUUCUCUGUCUCUGUCUUUCUCUGUCUGUCUCUCUCUCUGUCUCUGUCUUUCUCUGUCUUUCUCUGUCUCUCUCUGUCUCUCUCUGUCUCUCUCUGUCUUUCUUCUGUCUCUCUGUCUCUCUCGGUCUCUCUCAGUCUCUCUCGUCUCUCUCUGUCUCUCUCGGUCUCUCUCGGUCUCUCUCGGCCUCUCUCUGUCUCUCUCUGUCUCUCUCUGUCUCUCUCUCUCUACUCCUCGUUCUCACGUUCACUCUCUCGCUCCCUCUCUCUCUCUUUCUCUCUCUCUCUCUCCCUCUGUAUUUCGUACACCUUUUCUCAGUGUGUUCUCCAGUCAAGUCAGCAGUUGAAGUGUUUCUGUAGGCUAGCAGAGUGGGUCUUAAGGGUUACUAGUGUUUUUAACCAGCCCACAUCUUUCCGCUCCAGAUCUGCUCUAAUGGAACUCACUCAUAUUUAUUUGGGGGGAUUUAGAAAAAAUAGGAAUGCAAUGCAUUUCAUGAAACAUUUAUUUCUCAAUCGGAAAAAGGCUGUGCUACCAAGCCUGUGCUUUGUUCAGCCUCACACACACACACACACACACACACACACACACACACACACACACACACCACACACACACACACACACAUACAUACAUACAUACAUACACACACACUCACACACCUUUGUGUUAAUGAUUCAUCGAUAAAUCUCUCUUGGCCUGUGUCUGCCGGGGUUACUGUACUGAACUCUCCUCAUACCCACAUAUCCCUCAUAAAUAUGGACCAGAUUCCACUACUCCAUAUUCAUAUCCCACAGGAACCCUAAUUUAUGUUUUUACUACUUCUGGGUUAGUUAUUGGUAUUCAUCAUAGAGAGAAAUGAGUUAUAUGAUCAAACAGGUAAUAUUGUCUUUGAAGAUCGUGAUGUUUUUAUAUUAUGAAUAUUUACUAGCCUGGUAGCCAGAUGUGUUCAUUUCUGCUUUAGCCAACUCUGUUUUAAUUUGGCAGUUGUCUAAACCAUAGUCAGGUCUACCAGGUUAAAUAUUUCAUCACUCUCACAGUGAAAGGAUCUGAAUUGUGAAACUGCCUAAUGAGAUAUUUAGAUGUUACACAGAAUCCACACUAAGAUCUGUGUUUUCCCCGGGUUACUGUCAAUAUGCUGAUUGGGCCACACAGUGAUCUUCCCAUCAUGCCUCUGUGCUUCCUGUUUGUAGGCCCAGGGAACCUGGCGGGGCCAGCUGGGGGGUCGGGGGGAUCGCAGGUGGGGGGUCAUUCGCGGGCCAUGAUCUCUGCAGCAGCCAGGCGCAGAGACGCCACUCACAACGAACUAUACUACGAGGAGGCCGACCACGACCGACGGGUCCGCAAACGCAGAGCCAGGUGAAAGAGAAAGAGAGGGGAGGGGAGGAGAGAGGUAGGGGGAGGGGGGACUCUGAGUGACUUAAAAACAGAAAGGUGGGGUGAAAGGAAAGGAAGAAAGAGAGAUGAAAGAUAAAAAAAGUAUGCUGCUUAAUGGAAGGAUUAAAAUAUAGAUGAGGGUUUAGAUAGAUGGACAUAAGAAUUGAGUAGGCUACAGUAGGUGAAAUGUUGGCCUGUGUGUUUUUAUAACGUGUAGGAUGCAAGAACAGAUGAGUGUACAGGAUACUGAAUGUUGUCUGUACAUUGCUGUAACGUUAGGCUGGUGGUGGCUGUGGAGGAGGCCUUCAUGCAUGUGAGGCGGAUGCAGCAGGAGGAGCAGAAAGCGUCCCCCGGGGAUGUGAUGGACGUACGGGAGGCGGCCCUGGCCAUCUUCCCCUCCAUGGCCCGCGCCCUGCAGAAAUACCUCCGAACCACCAGGAGGCAGCACUGCCACAGUAUGGACAGCAUCCAGAGACACCUGGCCUUCUGCCUCACACACAACAUGAGCCCCAAGGUAGGCAAGCUUCAACUACUCGGCCCCAGCUCAUCCCCCAGCCAGUAUCACUACUAGACACCUCUUAGUCUUGGCCCAACGUGACAAUAGCACCUCUAUAGCAAUAUGAUUGUGUGUCUGUCUGUCUCUGUGUCUCUUCAGGCAUUCCUGGAGGCCUACCUGUCCCCUGGUCCUACGCUGCAGUACGGUCGAGAGCGCUGGAUGGCCAGUCAGUGGACUCUUGUCAGCGAGGCUGCGGUCACUAGCGGUCUAAAGGAGGACACUGUCUUCUCACUGAGGUGUCUAGACUUCAGCCUAGCGGUAACGGUUAAGUCCAUCCCCUACAUUCAAAUGACCGAGGAGUAUGUCGAUCCUAAGUCACACAAGUUUACCCUGAGUCUCCAAUCUGAAACAUCAGUCUAA